UGUCGCUCCUAGUCUAAAAAAGAUGGCGUCGAGGGCACCAGCAGCGACAGGCAGGCUCCUGGUUGGGAUUCGCAAAUGGUACUACAACUUGUGUGGCUUCAACAAGAUCGGUUUAAUGCGCGAUGACACUAUCACUGAGGAUUCAGAUGUGAAAGAGGCUCUGAGGAGGCUUCCAGAAAACCAGUACAAUGAGAGGAUGUUCAGGAUCAAGAGAGCUCUGGAUCUUUCUAUGAAGCAACAGAUCCUCCCCAAAGACCAGUGGACAAAAUAUGAAGAGGAUGUCCCUUACCUGACACCGUAUCUGGAUGAGGUGAUCCGUGAGAGGAAGGAAAAAGAAGAAUGGAUGAAGAAAUAGAUGGCUCUUCAAAGCUGUUAAUCCUCGUCUUUCGUCGGUGCAUGGUUGUCCCCUGAUGUAAUAUUUAAAAUGAAAUGUGUCCUAUAUACGACAGUGCUCAAUAAAGAAAUGUACAUUUUAGGAAAUGUGAAAGUGUCACCUUUUUAUGUAAUAGAUAGUAGGCUGUUUGAAGAUUUGAUUAAUUAUUGUGACAAAAUUGCAACAUGCUAAAUCCAGAUUUGCCUCGUUCCAAAUGUGUGCUGUUUACAUUUACAAAUCCAGUUAUAUACAACAUUUAAACCAGAAUAUAGACAUAAGAACAUGUACAAUAGAUACAGGUAAGACAAUAUCCCUGGCAAACUUCAAGUGCAGUAUCUUGCAACCCACUACAUCUGUCUGCACUGCACAUCUGCUUGGCUUACAGUCUGUAGGC